AGCAUAGGGAGGAAGAGUCAGGCGCCUAGUUAGGGCAGUUCCUCUUCCUCGGCAGCUGCUAAUAUGUCAUCUACAGGAUAGGAAGCAGAAACAACCGUGCAGAAGUCACUCAUCUCCUGUGUGUGUGUUUGGAAAGGAGACCAACAUUCUGCAACUUGUGGCACUUGGGAGAUGCCAUGACCUUUUUUGUUACAUUCCUGCUGUAUCUUGGACUGAGUGGGGACGUCAGGAUCCCAGUGCUGGCAGGUGUCUUCACAGCUGCCCCAGAAUGGACUUCCUGGGCGUACACUACAGGGGCUCUUCCUAAACCUACACUGAAGACAGUGCCAAGUAAUGUGGUAGCCACUGGGGGUCAUGUGACAUUCUUCUGUGAGAGCCCCGUAGAGGCCAAGGAAUAUCAUCUCUACAAAGAAGGAAGUCAAGAAUACCUGACGCCAACAACCAUUCUAGAAAUGGAGAACAAGGCCACAUUCUCUAUCUCAUUGGUUCAAUGGAACAAUGCAGGACAAUAUUGGUGUCAAUAUAAAAGCUCUGAUGGCUCAUAUGAACGCAGUGACAUCCUGGAGCUGGUGGUGACAGGAGUUCACCCCAACAGCAUCACUUUGUCAGCCAUUUCCAGCCCAGUGGUAACUUCAGGAGGGAAGGUGACCCUUCAGUGUGCAUCACAAAAUCCAUAUAACAAGUUCGUUCUAAUGAAGGAUGAUGAGAAGUUCUCCAGACGAGCUUCCUCACAGAAAAUAUCACACACUGGCAUACUUGGAGCCCGGUUCACAGUCGGUCCUGUGAUCACCAACCAGAGGUGGAGGUUCACAUGCUAUGGCUACUAUAGUAGCACCCCCCAGCUGUGGUCAGUGACCAGUAACCACCUGGAACUCCUGGUCUCAGGGACCCUUCAGAAACCCAGUAUCUGGGCUGAGCCAGGCUUGGUGAUCCUCUCAGGGAGUCCCGUUACCAUCUGGUGUGAGGCGACCCUGGAAACACAAAUAUAUGUGAUACAUAAAGAGGGAAGCCAAGAACUCUGGGAGCAACAGGCCCCAAAAGCUCUAAACAAGGCAAAAUUCAUCAUUCCGUCUGUGACCCAGCUGCACGCAGGGAUGUACCACUGUUACUCUCUCACCUCUGCUGGAUGGUCAGCACACAGUGAUACCCUAGAGCUGGUGGUGGCAGGAGUCUACAACAAACCCACCCUGUCAAUCCCGAAAAACCCUGUUGUAAACUUAAGAUUGCCUGUGACCCUGUACUGUAGCUCACAUCAAAGUUAUGACUGGUUCAUUUUAACUAAGAAUGGUCAAAAGUUCUCCAUUUCUCAGAAGUCACAAAAUAAACACAAACACACUGGGGUUUUCCAGGCCAUGUUCCAAGUGGGUCGAGUGAUCUCCAGCCAAAGGUGGAUUUUCAGAUGCUAUGGCUCUUACAAAAGGAAUCCUCAGGUGUGGUCAGCAGGCAGUGACCCUCUGGAGCUGGUCAUCUCAGGGACAUUGAAAAAACCCACCUUGUGGGCCAAGCCAGGUUCUGUGAUUGCCUCAGGGAAUGAUGUGACCAUCUUGUGUGAGGGGACUAAGGAAACCCAGAAAUAUUUCCUCUACAAAGAAGGAAGUCCAGGACCCUUGGAUAGUCAAACUCCAAAAGAUCCUGGUAACAAGGCUGUGUUCUCCAUAGCAUCCAUUGGAAGGCAGCAUGCAGGGAAAUACUGGUGCUAUUCUUAUGAAUCUGCAGGGUGGUCAGAGCCCAGUGACCCUCUAGAACUGGUGGUGACAGGACUUUACUCAAGAAAACUCACCCUGUCAGCCCUUCCCAGUCCUGUGGUGACCCCAGGACAGAAAGUCACUCUUCAGUGUGUGUCACGACAGGCAUAUAAUGAAUUCAUUCUAAUGAGGGAAGAACAGAAGUUCUCCAGGCCUUUGUCCUCACAGAAAAUAAACAGGCUCUCAGGAGCCAACUUCAGUGUCGGGCCUGUGACUCCCAACCAGAGGUGGAAGUUCACAUGCUAUGGCUAUAACCUGACUAGCCCCCAGUUGUGGUCAGUGAGCAGUAACGACCUAGAGCUCCUGGUGUCAGGGAACCUUCAUAAACCCAGAAUCUGGGCACAACCAGGCUCUGUGGUCUCUUCUGGGACUCCUGUUACCAUCUGGUGUGAGGGUACCGUAGAAGCCCUUUCAUAUGUGAUACAUAAAGAGGGAAGACCAGAACCCAGCAAUAUGGAGACCCAAAUAGACCACAAUCAUAAGGCAAAAUUCUCUAUCCCAUCCGUGACAUGGUUGAAUGCAGGGCGGUAUAACUGUUACUCUUUCACCUCUGCUGGGUGGACAGAGCGCAGUGACACCCUGGAGCUGGUGGUGACAGGUGUCUAUCGUGACAAACCUACUCUGUCUUCUUUGCCCAGGCCUGUGGUGACCUCAGGCGGGAAUGUGACCUUUCAGUGUAAUUCAUCCAAAGGAUACAAUUGGUUCAUUUUGACUGGGGCAGAUCUGAAGUUCUCCAGGACACAAAAGGCACAGUUGAUAAACAAUGGACAGUCGCAGGCUGUGUUUCCUGAGAUUUCUGCGAUAAGCAAGAAUGGGCCCUUCAGAUGUUAUGGGUACUAUAAAAAUACUUCACACGUAUGGUCAGAGGCCAGUAACUCUGUGGAGAUACACGUCUCAGGGUUAUCAAGGAAGCCCUACCUGAUGACCCAACAUGGAACGGUCCUGGCCCCUGGAGGGAACCUGACACUCAUAUGUUCCUCUGAGACAAAUUGCAACAGAUUUGCUCUCUACAAGGAGGGAGAAAGAGACUUCAUACAGGUCUCUGUCCAUCAGCCACAGGAUGGACAUUUUCAUGCCAACUUCACCUUGGGCUCUGUGGAUUUCUUCCUUGGUGGUCGCUAUAGAUGCCUUGGUGCACACAGCAACUCGUCUGAGUGGUCAGCCCCCAGUGACCCUCUGGAUAUCCUGAUCAGAGGACACCCCCCUGCCACACUUAAUCUCUCCAUGCAUCCAGGAACUACUGUGUCCUCAGGAGAGAAUGUGAUUCUACUGUGUCAGUCAUCAGUCCCAGUGGACACUUUCUUUCUAUUCAAGGAAGGUGCAGCCCAUCCUCACAUGCGCCAAAGAUCAGAGUCUCAAGGUCCACAAUAUGAGGCAGAAUUCUCCAUGAGUGCUGUGACCUCAGCCCUUGGAGGUUCCUAUGUCUGCUUUGGUUCUGAACGCUCAUCCCCUUUCUUGUUGUCACACACCAGUGACUCUGUGGAUAUCGGAGUCUCAGGAGUGACCAGGUACCCAAAGGCUGUGAUUGGGGUCUCUGUGGCGGUCUUCUUAUUGCUCUCCCUCCUCAUCGUUUUCCUUCUCUUCAGACUCAGGAAUCAGACCAAAGACAAAAAGGGAGCCCAUACAAAGACCGACCUGCACCCUCUUGCAGAUCCAGUGACCAGGGACAAAAGCCUCCAGAAUAGCUCCUACCCAGCUCCUGCCAUCCAGGAAGAAAUCUUGUAUGCUACUGUGAAGGUCGGACAGCCUACAGACAGCAUGGAGCUGGAUGUUCUGAACCAAUGCGAGGAAGAUCCCUCCAAUGUCUUGUAUGCCCAGGUGAAACCCGCCCAACUCACAAGGGCACAAAUCACUCCUUCUUCCCUCAAGUCAAAGGAAUUACAGGCCUCAAGUGACCCAAGGGCAAAAGGAGACCAAGUGAUAGAUGAGCAGGCUGAUACAUCUGGUGAGCUCCAUGAUGUGACCUAUGCCCAGCUGUGCAUCAUGACACCAAGGCAGGGCCAGGUGAACCUCUCGUCUUCCAGGUGGAAACAUCCCUCUUGAGAACCUCCUGUGUUGGCUACCAGUCCAGGGAGAUCCAAUCUCUGCCUUCUGUACGGCAGGGAGGACUCAGGAGUGUCAGAAAACUAGAUCUGUCUGAGGUGCACAGUCGUUGUGCAGACAUAACCAGUCUCUGGGAGAUUCUGAGAAUUCUGGGUACAGGUGAUUCUGUCAUCAGAGAUAAGUAAUGCCCCUCAAUUUUCAUAAAUGAGGCAGUUGCUUUGUCAAAAACCAACAGAUAAAAUAAGGACAGAAGAAAGAGUGAAAGAUAGUGGCUUUGUAUUUUAUUUUAUUAUGUUUGAGUAUGGAAUAUUAUUACAUUUUCCUCUUUCCUUUCCUCCAUUCAGACAUUUCUAUAGAUAUCUUUUCCAUUCUCUUUCAAAAUCAUUGUUUCCUUUUUCAUUAGUGGUUAUCAUAUAUAUAUAUAUGGAGAGUCAUAUUAAAUGUUUCAAACAUUUUUCUCUGAAUAUCUCAACUUUAUCUCAAUAAAUUUGAAAAUAAAUAAUGAAGUAAACAUAAUAAUUGCAGUAAGAAAC